ACUAUUGGAAAAAAAAUGCGAACGGAACUUCUUGAAUGCAGCUCAGACGCGGCCGUUGCUACGCAACAUACCAACAGAUGUCAGACGUCCUCUGAUACUAGCUUAAUGAUGAGCGGGAACAGCAAAGAUGAGUCCAUAUUGAUAGAUGAGGAGAUGCUGCAGGAGGCACUGGCAGAGCUAUGUUUUGAAGACGAAGUCCAGAGUAACAUCUGGAAGGAGAAACUCCAAUUCAGUGAAGCUGAUACCCUGAGCCUGGUGUGCAAAGGAAUUGUGAAGAUUGGUUGUUUAUGGGAAUUCACAUCUUUGACCAAACUUGAGCUGAACAACAACUGCAUAAAGAAGAUAGAAGGCUUGAACAGUCUUGUGAAUCUGACAUGGCUCAAUUUAUCAUUCAAUGGCAUUGAAAAAAUUGAAGGCCUGGACUCACUGAGGAAGCUUGAAGUGCUGAAUUUGUUCACAAACAGAAUCUCUGUCAUUGAAAACAUGGACACACUUGAGAAUCUCACUUUGUUCUCCAUUGCAGACAAUCUUGUUGAGCAACUGGAACAAGUGAUUUAUCUCAGAAAAUUCAAGAAGCUGCACACCCUCAACUUAUAUGGAAAUCCCAUCUGCAAGGAGGACAAUUACAAACUAUUAAUUGCUGCCUACUUCCCAGAUUUGUCAUACCUAGACUACAGACUACUCGACAACAAAACCAAACAAGAGGCGUCUGUAAGAUACCUGUUUGAGACUGAGCAACAAGCUGACAAGGCUAAGAAGAGCGAGGAAGCUGAACUACAGUUACACAAGGAUGCCUUUGUGGAGUUCCUGAAUGGGCCGAGUCUGUUUCAAACAGUAAUAAAAGAUGACCCUCAGGUAGAGACGCUUCGUUGCCUGCCAGAAGUGGCUGAUCUGCUUCACACAUUUGAGCAGCAGAUGGUGACGCUGUGCAUGCAAUUAUUUGAAGCAGGACUGUUUGAACAUAAGCAGCGAGAGACAGAGGUGAAGUCCUUCUUCAGGGGCCAAACACAGGCUGUCUCGGACAACCAGCAGAGGGCGGUAGAGCUAGUAGACAGCUAUGAUCUGCAACACGAGGAGAGUAUGAAGGAGUUGCACCAGCUUUCUGACUCAGAUGAGUUUGAGGUCAAAGUUAAGGCCUGCAGUCGUGGAAUUGACACACUGUUUGAUUCUCUUAUGGCAUUGGAAAUGCAGUUGGUCGUCCAGUUGGAGGACAUCAUCCAAAUCUUUGACCAGAACAUCUCAGACAUGACUGCCAACUUCACUGAAACAGCUAAAGUAUUAUUUGCCCAAUGUCGAGAUCUAGAGAACGAAUAUGAUGAGAAGGUGCGGGGGAUUGCUGUAGAAACGCUAAAGAAAGUGGAGGAUGGCACGCUGGACGACGACAUGCCAGAAGACAUUGCAAUGAUGUUUGAAGACAAAGAGUCAGUGAUGGAAGCACUGACCACCUGCCACAAUAACCGCCUGUCAAAGAUUAAUGACAGAGAGAACCAGCUGAUUGCACGCAUCAGUGCCUGGAGGGUGGACCUCGUUAAAGGGAUUCAAGACAAAGAGAUGCACCGGAACCGUGCACGGAUCUUGGAGAUGUUCACGUAUGUGGACUAUUUGAGAGAUCAGCUGUUGGACUUUCAGUAGCUCAUCUGCUGAAACUGUAGGCAGUGUUUUAAAACAGUCAU